AUGGCUCUUCCCCCCUUCGCCCAGCCCCUCAGCUGCUCCCUAGGGCGCAGGUCGGACUGCUCAGAGGCGGCGACGGCGCCCUCAGACUCCCGCGAUGAGUCAGCUGCUGCAGUUGCAGCAGCAGCCGCAGCGGCGGAGGCCGCCCUAUCGCCGCGCGACGAGGACUGCUGCUGCGGAGGAGGCGUGAGCAGCAAGAAGAGCAGCAGCAGCAGCAGCAGCAGCAGCGUGUGCGGAGGCGGGCGCGUGCCGAGCACCUGCGUCGUGGGCGUGGAAAGCCCCGUGUCCGUUGAAGAGGGGCCCCCCAUUUGCCAGGCCAAGGCCGCCAGCACUGAGGGGCCCCUGGGGGGCCCCUCGCCGCCGCCGCCGCGGCGGCUGCAGUCGGGCUACGUGCCCUACAACCCCUACGGGCUCUCGCGGCUCGCGCGGCAGCUGCUGGAGCUCACCGAGCUGCCUUUUAUGAUUCUUUGGAUUUAUUUUGCUUAUUUUCUUGUUAUUGUUGCUCUCACAGCUCACAAAGUCCGCUCCAGGGUUUGGCUCAGUGCCCUCGUGGCCGGCACUCUCGUGGGCAUCGGGCUCAACGCCAACGCCUACAGAGCCAUCAUGUACAGGGGGUACCCUGACGUCGGGAUAAUAGUUCGUUUUUUUCUAAUACCUUUCGGGGUUUCUGCGCUGUCGGGGCUGACCCACUCUUUGCGCGAAGACUUUCUGCUGGUGUUUCCCGUGGACCCCGUAGAGCUGCUGAUAGCCCUCACGGCCCCCACUGUGGUGGUUUGUUCUUUGAUGCUGGGGCGGGUGGUGUUGCUGCACCGGCUGCGGGUGCCGAUAACUCUGCGCAACUUCCUCUUGAACGGCAACAUUUACUCCUGA